UGACAUAACAUUGCAAUGGGAGUGUUUGUCGUUGCGUUUACAGUUUAUUGUGUUAUUUGUUAAAAAUAAGGCUACUAAAUUACUUAAACAACAAGUUAAAACGUAGAUUAAGUACACUAGAUUGUAGAUAGCAUUAAAACAUGUCGUCUAGUCGCUCCAAAACGUCUAUACUGGACAAACCGCUCAGUAAAGGGAAAGGCGAAGUUUCUUUGGCUCUCUACGCUCUUCUCUUCUCCGAAAUUGUCCAGUACUGCCAGAAUCGGUCACAUUCAAUACAUGAACUUCAGAAUAAAUUGUCAGAAAUAGGCCAAGAUGUGGGUACCAGGCUGCUGGACCUGUACUUUGUGCGGGAGCGAGGCAGCAAGAGGGAGAUCAAGCUGCUUAACAUGCUGCUCUUUGUCAAGUCAACACUCUGGAAGGUGUUGUUUGGCAAGGAAGCUGACAAGCUGGAGCACGCCAAUGAUGAUGAGAGAACUUACUACAUCAUUGAGAAGGAUGCCCUGGUGAACAAGUUCAUCAGCGUGCCGAAGGACAAGGGCUCGCUGAACUGCGCCACUUUCAACGCCGGCAUCAUCGAGGCUGUGCUCACCAAGAGCGGAUUCCCUGCAAAAGUGACUGCACAUUGGCAUAAAGGCACCACCUACAUGGUGAAGUUCGAAGACUCCGUCAUCACCCGCGAUAAGUCCCUGGACGACCGAUAAUUUAUCUAUGACCUAAAUUAAAUAUUAAUUUAUAUCAA